AUGUUUGUAAAUAGUAAUUAACAAUUUUCUCCCUUUCCCCCCCUUUUCGAAUGUGAAUUUUACUCUGUGAAAUAUUCGGGUUCAUUUGUGUGUUCAUCCGCCUUUGAGGCAUUAAUUAUGCAUAUAAUUAAUCUCCUUGUAUCACUCUUCAAGCUCUCGCCAGUUUUAGGGUUUGAUUAAUUGUGGAUUUCGUGAACUCGUAUUAGCUUUUACGGGAUAAAACAUGUCCCACCAACCGGGAGAUGAUGCUGAAUACAUGGCAGAUGAAUAUGAAAUGGAGGAUAUAGAUGACGAUAUGGAUGAGUUCCACGGCAGAGACAUGGGUGGCUCUGAUUCAGAUGUAGAUGAGUAUGACUACAUGAAUAAUAAAAUGCAAGAUACCUCUGCUGCUGAGGCAAGGAGAGGCAAAGACAUUCAAGGGAUUCCCUGGGAAAGGCUUAGCAUAACCAGGGAGAAAUACAGGCAAACGAGAUUAGAGCAGUAUAAGAACUAUGAGAAUAUUCCUCAAUCUGGGGAGGCAUCAGAGAAGGAAUGCAGAGCCACAAAGAAAGAUUAUUCAUAUUAUGAAUUCAGACGUAAUUCACGAUCUGUUAAAUCAACAAUUUUACACUUCCAGCUGAGGAACUUGGUCUGGGCAACUUCCAAGCAUGAUGUGUACCUUAUGUCACAUUUCUCCGUCAUUCAUUGGUCAUCCUUGACUUGCGCUAAAAACGAAGUUCUCAAUGUAUCAGGGCAUGUAGCACCAUGUGAGAAACAUCCUGGAAGCCUUUUAGAAGGAUUUACGCAGACACAAGUCAGCACACUUGCAGUGAAAGAUAACUUGCUUGUUGCUGGGGGAUUUCAAGGGGAACUUAUUUGCAAGUAUCUAGAUAGGCCCGGAGUUUGUUUCUGCUCCAGGACUACAUAUGAUGAUAAUGCCAUUACUAAUGCUGUUGACAUUUAUAACACUGCCAGUGGCGCACUACAUUUUAUUGCUUCAAAUAACGAUUGUGGAGUUAGAGAUUUUGAUAUGGAGAAAUUUCAGUUGUCCAAGCAUUUUCGCUUUUCCUGGCCAGUAAAUCAUACGUCACUGAGCCCUGAUGGUAAGCUUCUCGUAGUAGUUGGGGAUGAUCCUGAAGGUAUAUUAGUUGACUCGAGGAACGGAAAGACUGUCGCUCCUUUGUGUGGACAUGUAGACUACUCAUUUGCAUCAGCAUGGCAUCCUGAUGGCAUAACUUUUGCAACUGGGAACCAAGAUAAAACCUGCAGAAUAUGGGAUUUACGGAACUUAUCCAAGUCAGUCACUGCUUUGAAGGGUAACCUUGGAGCUAUUCGGUCGAUCCGCUACACAUCUGAUGGAAGAUAUAUGGCUAUGGCCGAGCCUGCGGAUUUCGUCCAUGUUUUUGAUGUAAAAAGUGGGUAUGAGGAGGAGCAAGAAAUUGAUUUUUUCGGUGAGAUAUCCGGCAUGUCUUUCAGUCCUGAUACAGAGUCACUGUUCGUUGGAGUUUGGGAUCGUACAUAUGGUAGCCUCCUUGAGUUUGGACGCCGCCACAAUUAUUCCUACCUUGACACAAUAAUCUGAGAACUCCGUUGGCUGGUUUGGGUGUGUUCAUUUCCCCCUACAAGUGGUUCUGGCACAGCUUAGUAAACCAGUAGUAUAGACAGAGGUAGUAAUAGAUUUAGGUGUAUAUUUUGUUACACUUUGCUAGUUAGGUAUGUCUCAUAAAGUGUUGUGCACCGGUUCAAAUGUCAAUAUAAGGAGUGGAGGGAUGUAUACAACGCUAGCUCCAGAAGUGAACAAGAAAACAAGGGUGGUUUCCUUGGGCAGAGACUACAAAUGUGACCUUGUGUGUGUAUAAUGUGUGGCUAUUGGUGGUUGGAUGUUCAUUCCAUUUGUUAGUGAAGCAGUUGAAUUGAAUCGACUUUGUUAAGCCUA